CCCGAACAUGUCCGAACAUGAGCUCGACAUUCAGACUUGUAAGACGAAAUUAGCAAUAUGACGAUUUAGACGCGGAUCUCUAUAUAACCAGCUUGGAGAUUCAACAUUUUCAGUGCUGGUACAGGUCAAGCAACAUGCGCGGAGUAAAACGAAAAGCAAGUCGGUUUUCUCCUUACGAACGUCCGUCUAAGAUGAAGAAAAAUGACACAAUAGAUACUAUUUCAAACAAACUUAGUCUUUUAAAGACUGUCUCAAAAGCACCUAUGGCGCCGCUGAAAUUCCCAAAUCUCAGAAGAAAACGUACGUCCACCAAAAUGGACAAAGAUGAUUCCACCUCAGGACCAACUCCGCCAAAAAGGACAGCGUUAAAAAGGAAGAGGACAGCCGAAGAUGUAAAGGUAGAUGAUGCGUCAGGUUUACCUUUGCCAAACUGGCCGACUUUGAAAAGAAGGCGGACAACUAAAGAAAUGGCAGACGACACAAAACAAACAGCUGGUAGGGCUCCUCCCGGACUUCGAAGAGCACCGACGAUGCCACUUCCGGAAAAAGAAUCUCCAUCUUCUGAGAUAAAAACCACGAAAAGCCUAUCAAAGAAACGCUCUUCGUUGGCCAAAAAGGUUUCAAAGAAAUGUAAGAGUGAUAGUAGCCAAUGAAAAAGUAUCAGAAAAAAAAGUAUCUUGAAGAAAGUAAUAUUGGUGGCCUGAACACCGAGAGUAUAUUAAAUGUUCUUUUAUGUGUCAA